GCUAUGGUGCUUGAAGCGCCUGGAAGCGCUCUCAAGCUCACGGAGCUCCCGAUUCCAGAGCCUCGCGACGGCCAGGUCCGCGUCAAGGUCUCGGCGUGCGCUGUGUGCCGCACGGAUCUCCAUGUGGUCGACGGCGAGCUCAAGGAGCCCAAUCUUCCGAUAAUCCCUGGUCACGAAAUCGUGGGACUGGUGGAUAAGAUCGGGCGAGGCGUGGAUCCUUUGCAUUUUUCAAUUGGAGCUAGAGUGGGAAUUCCUUGGCUGGGGAGAACUUGCGGGAGCUGCAGCUACUGUGUGGAUGGAACUGAGAAUUUGUGUGACGAGCCAGGCUUCACAGGUGAGAAAGCUUUCAAGUUCUUUAUUCUUCGUUCCAGUUCUUCUUUGCAUGGAAAAAGAUUCUUUCUUGCAGGCUAUACGAUCGAUGGUGGCUAUGCCGAGUACGCCGUUGCGAACAGUGCCUACUGCUUCUCCCUUCCGGAGAAUUACCCGGACGUGAAAGCCUCUCCACUCCUUUGCGCCGGUCUCAUCGGCUAUCGAUCACUAAGGAUGGCUGGAUUCACGCCUGGAAUGCCCAAACCCCGCAAGUUUGGAAUCUAUGGAUUUGGAGCUGCUGCUCACAUCGCUGCUCAGCUUUGGAUCUUCCAGGUGUUGAGACACGAAGGUCAUGAAGUGUAUGGUUUCACUCGACCGGGCGACGUAGAGGCACAAGCUUUUGCUCGAAAAGUUGGAGCCACUUGGUCGGGCGAUUCCACCGCGUCGCCUCCACAACUCUUGGACGCCGCCAUCAUCUUUGCUUCGGUGGGAUCGCUGGUACCGCUCGCUCUGGCAGCCAUUCGCAAGGGCGGGGUGGUGGUUUGCGGCGGGAUUUACAUGACUCCAGUCCCCUCGAUUCCAUACGCGGCGAUCUGGGGCGAGAGGAGAGUGGUGUCGGUCGCGAAUCUCACGCGCUUGGAUGCCAUCGAGUUCUUGCGAGUGGCUUCGAGCAUGGAGAUCAAAACGGAGACAGUGGAGUUCAGAUUGGAGGAGGCAAACGAAGCGCUGCGAGCUCUGAGGGAAGGGAAGCUCAAUGGGGCAGCAGUUCUUGUUCCAGGGAUCUAGGUGGAAGUGAUCUCGUUUGACGGCACGGGCUUUGACAACCUGACGGCAUCUCAACAACGGUGUGAUUCCCACUGCGCUGUCUACGAUGCCAAAACUAUUUCACCUAUACGUGAUUUUGCGAGUUGCCACUGCUCAUGAUAGUUUUAGUCUUCGCCUUCGUGACAGACUGCUGGAAGACAACAACUUUCCAGGAGCCAUACCUCCAGAAAUCGGCAGCUUGCCACAGCUGAGAAUCUUGUGAGAGUUCUCUCUGUUUUCUUUCUUUAUGGAGUUGAUUGAGCUGCA